CGCACUGGCAUAGCUCAGCUGCAUACAGAUUUCCUGAUGUCUUCUCUUUGUAUGCAGGAAUUUGAAGUGCGAUAAAGGAGGAGCACCGCAUCAAUAUGUCUUGUCCGGAUGCUUGUCCGAAUUGAAUUGCGUCGACAUAAAUCACGUGAUCACAGAAAACGUCGUUUGCGUCGUGUAAAACAGCACUUUGACGGGUUGCUCUGCCCAAUUACGACCUGUGUGACUUCUCUCAUCUACCUCGACAGAGCAAUAUUGUACAUAUACAUUUAUUUCCUGUCUUCUAGUUAGCUAUAGCUCGGUCGGUACACAUGACGAUGAGUCUAGCACCGCUCUUGGAAGCUACGCUCUCACCGGAGCAUCGAGAGAAUGCGGAAGCGCAACUCUCGGCCUACGCGGAGCAAUCUUUCCCACAAUAUGCAGCCGCCCUUUGUCAAGAACUUACAAGUGAAGCCAAUGCCUUGCAUAUUCGUCAAGCUGCCGGUCUUGCUUUAAAGAAUACUUUAACUGCCAAGGAAGCGCCCAGGAAGGAGGAGUUGGCCACGAGAUGGAUCCAUACGGAUGCGCAAACGCAUUCGGGGAUCAAGGCUGCGGUAUUGCAUACCUUAGGUUCGGAAAACUCUCGAGUCGGAUAUGUGGCUGCACAGAUCGUCCAAGCGAUCGCAGCUAUCGAGCUUCCACGAGGCGGCUGGCCGGAGUUGAUUCCUGGCAUGUUGGAUAACGUCACCAAGACCGACAAUGCGAAAUUGAAGCAAGCAUCACUCCAGGCACUGGGCUUGAUUUGCGAAGUAGUGGAUCCCAAUGUUCUUCAACAACACGCAAACCACAUCCUCACCGCGGUAGUGUCAGGGGCCAGAAAAGAAGAGCCAAGUUCUGAGGUGCAAAAAGCCGCUCUGAGUGCCCUGUAUAAUUCUUUGGAGUUCGUUAAGCAAAAUUUUGAAGCCGAGGGCGAGCGGAACUAUAUAAUGACGAUUGUUUGCGAAGCUACUCGCAACGAGGUUCCGGAGGUCCAAGUAGCUGCAUUUGAAUGCUUGGUGAAGAUCAUGUCGCUUUACUACGACUUCAUGAACGACUACAUGCACAAGGCGUUGGGAUCGCUUACCCUAUGGGGAAUGAGACAAGAGAAGGAGGAGAUCGUUCUGCAGGCUGUUGAAUUUUGGUCAACUGUCUGUGAGGAAGAGAUCGAUAUCGAAGCGGAUCAAGACGCCGAGGAAGAGGGGGACGCCAGCAGAACGAAUCAUCAUUUCGCCAGAACGGCAGGGGCGGAUUUGGUGGACGCUCUGUGGUGGCUGAUGACUAAGAAGGAGGAGGACGAUGAUGAAGAUGAAUGGAAUGUCUCUAUGGCUGCAGCUACUUGCCUGUCUCUUCUGGCAGCCGCUGCCCGGGAGCAGAUUGUCCCAUCUGUACUGCAAUUCGUUGAGGCUCAUAUCCAAAGCUCAGAUUGGAGGUAUAAAGAUGCCUCCAUCAUGGCUUUCGGCUCUAUUUUGGACGGCCCAAACCCGGAUAUUCUGGGUCCUCUGGUUGUGCAGGCACUGCCAUUGUUGAUUGGCAUGAUGAAAGAUCCCGUACUCCAAGUCAAAGAUGCCACUGCUUGGACCCUAGGCCGAAUCUGUGAGAUUUUGCCGACUUACAUCAAGCCAGAUCUUCUUGAACCCUUCAUUGUCGCGGUCCUGGGAGGAUUGCAGGAUCACCCGCGGGUAGCGUCCAAUUGUGCUUGGGCUCUGAUGAGUUUAGGCGAAAACUUGGGAGUUUCGGAAGAAAACGCAGAUAUAUAUCCCUUAUCCAUGUACUUCGAGACGAUCGUGCUAGCCUUGAACGCCGCUGGGGAAAGUCCGCAGCAAGACGCAAAUUACAGAGCAAGUGUCUACGAGGCGAUGGCUACUCUCGUGUCUCAUUGCGCCAAGGACUGUUUGGCGACAGUAAAUAAACUCGCCAUUGUAAUUUUGGACAGGCUGGAAUACACGCUGGCUGCUCAGAACCAGCUUGUGAGUGCCGAUGAUAGGAGACUCCACUUUGAGCUGCAGUCAAACCUGUGUGGGGUGAUGACGGCAAUUGUUCGGCGCUUGGGCAACCUUGUGGUUCCAAUUGCGGACCGUACUAUGCAGGCUCUACUGAUGCUCAUGUCGUCAGCAUCAAGAUCAUCCACUGUGUUGGAGGACGCUUUUCUGACUGUCGGGGCGUUGACCGUUGCUUUGGAAGGCGAUUUCAGUCGAUAUAUGGAAGCCUUCACUCCCUUCCUGUUUCAGUGCCUUCAGAACCAUGAAGAAUACCAGAUGUGUUCCAUUGCGGUCGGCCUGAUCGGCGACAUCUCUCGUGCGCUAAACGAGCGAAUUCAACCGUUCUGCGAUACUUUGAUGAAUCUGAUGAUGGCUAACUUGCAGAAUCCCGCGUUGAAUAAAGCAGUGAAGCCCUCGAUUUUAUCAGCAUUUGGUGAUAUUGCCCUGGCGAUUGGCGGUAACUUUGAAAUGUAUUUGGAUAUUGUCAUGGCCGUCUUGCAACAGGCCGGUGCAAUGGCAAACCUGACUAUGACAACGUCAUACGAUUUUGACUACGGCAACCAAUUACGCGAAGGAAUCAUUGAAGCUUAUGUAGGCAUCGCACAAGGGCUGAAAACUGCAGGCAAAGCAAACCUGCUCGGUAACUACGGGGCGCAAAUGUUCGGUUUUGCUCAGGAGAUCGCCACCUCCGAAGCACCCCGAAGCACACAGGUUACGUCAAGUCUUGUUGGCCUUAUUGGAGAUCUAGCCGACGCACUCCCACUGGGUCAGUUCAAGCCCCUUUUCUCCGCCGAGUGGAUUUCAGUGUUGUUGAAAUCUAUUAAGACCGAUCGCAACAUGGACCAAGACGCGAAAGGAGUUGCCAAGUGGGCCAGGGAAAUGGUUCGUCGCCAGGUCAAUGCUUAGGAUCGUAGUUAGUUGGAUGCCUUUUAUAGCCCUGCCCAUUUCCCCUUGUUUUGUAUACCAUUCCCUUCGCCAUCCCUAUUUCCUUUUUUACACUUUCAGAAUAGAUGUUUUGCAAUGACCAGAAAAUAUUCGAUACGCAAAAAGCAG